ACAAGAAAGAAUUUGACAGUAGAACACUUUCCAGUCUCUUUUAAUGUGCAAGCAACAGAUUCAUCUAACCAUGGCAUACAUAAUCAAGUUUCUGUGUCUGUAGAAGUCAUUGAUGAAAACAAUUUCCCUCCAGUUUUCUCAUCCUCUCUAGUAGAAGAAAAAUUGGAAGAGAAUUCACCCGCUACUACUCAGAUUGUGCAGCUGAAAGCUCAGGAUAAUGAUGCAGGGAGAAAUGGUUUCCUAACAUAUGGCAUUCUCAGUGGAGACAGACUAAAAUUCAGAAUAGAUGAAGCUACGGGAAUUCUUUACUCCACUGUCUCCUUUGAUUAUGAAGAAGAAGCUACAGAAUAUCAGAUUGUGGUAUAUGCUGAAGACGAUGGAAUCCCUGAGAAGAAAAGGGGUUAUUGCACUGUUGUCGUAAAGAUUAUUGACGUUAAUGACUGGCCACCUGUGUUUGAUCCAGUGAAUACAUUCAGUGUAAAUGAAAACGUGCUGGUGGGAUUCAUAGUUGGAAAAGUCACAGCAACUGACAGAGACGUGGGAGACAAUGCCUUCAUUCUGUAUAACCUUACAGGUGGUGGAGGAAAUAUAUUUGAAAUUGAUGAAAUACACGGGGACAUUAAGAUAAAGACCUCUCCAGACUAUGAAACCAUGAAUAAAUACAGCCUUACAGUGAGCGCAGUCAACAAUAAGUCUGCCCCUUUUUAUCAGGCAACUACUACUGUCAUGGUUCUAGUGAUUGAUGUGAAUGAUAAUGCUCCAGUAUUUCUUCAGAAUUCCUAUUCCGCUUCUAUAAACGUGAUUAAUCCUGUAGGUGCUCAUGUCAUAACUGUGAACGCCACAGACAAAGAUCAGGGGCAAAAUGGCCGUGUUGAAUAUUACAUCCUCCCUGAUCUAAACUUCAGCCAGUUCUUCUUGAUAGAAGACAGGAGUGAGGGGAAAAUAAUAACAACUGGAAACCUGUCCAGAUCUGGAAAGAUCCUUUUAACAGUAAUGGCGAAAGACCAAGGCUCUCCAUCAUUAAACAGCACUGCUAUGAUUACUCUUAAUGUACUUGACAACCGUCCAUUUGUUCCUCAGUUUAACAACACGGAAAUCAGUGUUUCAGUUAUGGAAAAUACAGGAGUGGAUCAUUUAAUUUACACCUUUGCUGUGGCUGAAACUUUAGGAAAACAGAUUGUUUAUGCAAUUGUAUCUGGCAAUGAAGCAGGUCAUUUUAGAUUGGAUCCAAACAGUGGUCAGCUGAAAACAGCAGUUAAUUUGGACUAUGAGAAAGUUUCUCAGUAUGUAAUUUUCAUUGAAGCAAACGACAGUCCCUCAUCUGCCGCACAAGUCCAGCGUUCAGGCCUGUUUUCUCAAAAUGUGGCAAUGCUGAAAAUCUCAGUGCAAGAUGUAAACGAAGAGCCAGCAUUUCUGAAUAGUGUCUACUCAGUUCGGAUACUGAACUCCGUGCCGUACAAGUACCCAGUUAUUACCGUUCAGGCCACGGAUCCAGACUCGGGAGAGAACGGCCUGCUGCGGUACAGCUUAGAGCGUCACGGAACCAAUCAGUUUGACAUCGAUGAAAAUACAGGGCAGAUUUUUACAGUUUCUGUAAGAGGAUGGGCUGGAACAAUUUAUCUGAAAGUCCAAGCUACAGACCAAGGUGGGAGAGGACUCACAGCCCAGGCAACUGUCAAUGUAACCAUUGAUGCCAGCUCCAGUAACAACAUUGUGGUACUUGUUCUUAAUCAGAUGAUCAAUGCUGUUGAAAAAAAUAUUGCUGAAAUAAAAAGGGUCCUAGAAGAAAUACUUGCAUGGAAUAUAUAUAUCAUUGAUUGUUAUUCCACUGAGUAUGAAAGAAGAGCAAGAGAAAGCACGAAUGUAACCUACUUAAAAAUUAUUGCUGUUGAUGAGGCAGGCCAAGAAAUACCUGCAGAAGAUGUAAAAAGAAAACUGACACAGCAGAAGAUCAUCAUUCAGUCAGAACUGGAAAAAAUAUUUGAAACACCUGUUACUGCUGACUUAAGAGAGGUUCCUGCUGACUCGAUGUCCCCUGAACUUACUGCCACUAUUGUUCUAAGCAUUCUGCUGGGCUGCACCCUUGUAGCCUUCCUGGUAUACAUAUUUUUUACUAUAAAAAGAAGUAAGAAGCAACAGUGGAUCGUUGAGAAGCAAAGUGAAAUUAUUGAGGGUUUUGAUAAUGCAGCUGUAGCUGAUGGAAAUGGAAGUCCAAAAAUCAUAGAAAAAACAGAGCACAUGAAUAAUGUGAACACUGAAAUCACGACGUUUACCAGCAUGGAAGACACCCAAGGGGGUGAUGCUGAUAAAGACAUAGCUGAGGCUGAACAAAAAUACGAUUAUCUUGAGACGCUGCUGUUAGAUUUGGAAAGUGAACAUGAAGAGAACGUAGCACCUGAAAAGAACACAGAACCUGGAAAUGUGGGUGCCCAGCCUGCUGUAGAAAGCGUAACAAAACAGGAUUGCUUUCUGAUAGACCGAAACGGUGAGUCAGCCCGGUCAUUAACACCUGAUGCCAAAAUACACACUCCCGAAAAAGAACUGAAAGGUGUAAGAUUUUCAGAAGUGGCAAUUAUUUUGGAUACAGAGGCUGAACAAGAUGAGUCUGAUAACGAAGACUUAUUUUUCAACAAUAACGAAAAGAUGCUCGAUGGAGAAACCUUUUCUUUAUGAAAAAUCACAAUGACACUUAUUGGAACAAUACAGAAUUCAAUGAGUAGCAAAAAUACGGGGAUGCUAUCUAGAUUUUAAUUCCUGCCGUAAGAGACGGACAGGAAAGGAAACGCAA